AGCUCAAACCUGUGUUGUGGGUCGGGUGCCUCUGCCUGUGCGUGACAAACGGGACAGGUUUCUGUUUGGUUAAUACUCGGUUUGUUUUUCUCUUUUCACUGUUAGCUUAAACAUACUUUUAGGUGUUUCCGUUUAUUUGUUUACGUCUUCUUCUUCUUCUGCUGCUGCUGCUGACUUGUUCACCCGACUUCUCUUUGAACUCAGUAUGCAGCUCACAACUUUCACUAGCCGAGAUUCAGUGCACAUUAGUGGCUGACAACAGUGGAGGACUUUAUUUUUGUUUAAUGAAACAUUUGAAGUGGAGACACCUGCUAACUACACCUGCCUGCAUACCUGCUGUGGAGACUCCGUACUGCUGCCCGCUUCUCUGCUUCUGCUUCAACAUAAUGCAGAGGUCGAGAAUAAAAGCUUAAAAACAACAGGUUUAAGAAGAAGAAAGCUUUUUAUUCAAGCAUAUAUUUUUUUUUAUAUUUUUGGACUAAAAGAUGGAGUUAAGGAGUCUCGCGCUGCUUUCGCUAAUUGUGGUGUGUGUUCAGAGUGUGUUCGUGGAGCCUCCUCAGCCCGUCAUCUCUCUGCUCUCUAUGGCCGAGAGUCAGACCAGACUGCCCUGUCGAUACCAGGUGGAGGCAGGGGAGAAGGUGGUGCAGGUCACCUGGUACAAGGACCUCCCGGACGGCAGCAAGGACAUGAUCAUUACCGCUCACUUCACAGACGGGCGGAAAGAGUUUGGGCGUUACGCCGGCCGAGUGAGGUUCGAGGGAGGGACUCCCACGCAGAACUCGGCUCUGCUCAUCCCCAGCACAGAGGAGUCGGACGAGGGCAGCUACACCUGCCACAUCUCCACCUUCCCCAACGGGAACUUUGAGCGGCAAAUCUCACUCACCGUCUGGAUUUUACCCAUCUCGUCCCUGGAGCCGGUUCUCCUGGACGAGGGCCAGUCGUUCCGUUUGGCCGCUUCCUGUCGAGCUGUAGGCCGUCCGCCUCCCCGCCUCUCCUGGGACACCGACCUGCCGGGACAGUCUUCGAACCGCACCACUGCGGGCGGCUCCGUGUCCAGCUACUACUCCCUGCACCCUCUGCGCAGCAUGAACGGGAAGAAGCUGGACUGUUUGGUGUGGCACCCCGGACUGGAGCAGCCGCGCAGGAUCUCCAACAGCCUGGUGGUUCAAUACCCUCCAGAUGCCACUAUCUCUGCUGGUACAGAUGACUGGUUUGCAGGUUUGGAGCGAGCCGAGCUGAUGUGCGGCAGCGGAGGAAACCCCAAACCUGACAACAUCACCUGGACACGGAAAGGAGGAGCUUUGCCGGAUGGGGUGUCUGUGAUUGGAGGGAGACUUGUGUUUGGGCGGGCCCUCCUCUUGAAUGACAGUGGGGUCUAUGAGUGUGUGGCCAGGAACAACGUGGGAACAGGAAAAACAGAGUACCCCUUGACAGUAACAGAGAAAUCUCAACAAAAGUCAUUCUUGGACAACCAGCUGCUGAUCAUAAUUGGAGCCUCAGCUGGAGCUUUGGUCAUGGUGCUGAUCAUUGUAGUCCUGCUGGUCAACCGCUACCACCGACUCCGGAACAAGAAGCUCGAGAGGCAGCUCAGUGAAAAAACGGAGGAAAUGAACAGCUUCUCCAGACAAGCAUCCCUCAGAAGAAUCAAUUCUGUGAGCACAGACCCCAGAGUGCCGGCGGAAGAUUACGCCAUGCUCAGAGUAGAUAGCCGAAUGAAAAACAGUGAAAUGUCUCUGGAGCGGCCCAUGUACAAAGGCAGCCAGUCCACUCUGGGUGGGAAGUGGGGACCUGCAGGAGGCGUGGAGGUGGAUGAACUGGGGCGCCCCGUCGUCUGGCACGACGGCAGAGAGAGCCUGCGAGUAGCGGAGAUGGACGGAGAGAAGGAGGAGCGCAGGAGGAGGGUGGAGUCGUACCUGAAGAGCAGCAACAUGUCACUGGACUCAGGUCUGCCCUCUUCCCUGGUUCCCCUGAAGGCCCAGCAGGAAGACGGCAUCGAGCCCAGAGAACCAGACCUGGCGCACCCCAGGGAGGGAGAGUCCCCGCCUGAGGAGGAGUGGGCAAACAUCCAGUCAGCAGAGGAGGAACGAGAUGAUGGCGAUGAUGAAGACAGCAGCUCCUAUCAGAUCUCUGAGGCGCUGACAAAUCACUUCUACUACAGUAACGGGGUCCUGAGGCCCAGACCACACUCCAAUGCCAUCCUGCUGCACCCCAAAGGACAGAUCAUCUAGAGCACAGACUCUUAUCCAAAACAUGAGAGAGAGAGAGAGAGAGAGAAGUCUGUCUGCAUUCCUGCAAAGAGACCUCAAUGUACAACCGUUGUGUUGUGUGCACAGCGACCGCAGUGGGUAACUUACCCAAAAACUAGCCGAACUUUGAUUAUUUUUCACCUCAGUUUUUUGAGUUCACAAACACUAUCCAAUCAUUUAAAAUUGUGAAGUUUAAUAUUAUUGAGGCAUGUUGUACUUUUGGAAGCUCACAAACAGUUGAGAUUUUUGAAAGCAAGAAAUAUCGGGGAAUGAGGGGAACAGAGAUAUAACGAUGAUGCCACACCGCAGAUAGGAUCAAGGUUGUUGCUCAUCAGUCAGCCCUAUGAUUAGAUAUCUUCUAAUUUCAUUUUUCUUUUCUAAAAUCCACUGAUGGAGAAUUAGAUGCCAAGCAACCUUCCACUUACUGUAAGGAUAAAGGACGCUGUUACAAUGUGUUUACCAUAAAACGUUGUAUCCUCUGCUUUUGCUAUCUUACAUAUGGACAUUUAUUUUUUUAUUUUUUACAAAAGAGGUGUUCAAAAAUCCUGCCAACUUAGAGUUCCUUGUUUACAUCAAAGACAUAUUCAAUGUGUUGACAAGUUAAGGGUUAAAGGUCACAUUUUACACUAAUUUACAAAAUGUUUAAAUACAUCUCAGAGCUCCUCUAAACAUGUCUGUGAAGUUUUUUUGUUCUGAAUCCACUCUGAUCCUGUAUUUGAUCAUGUCUAUAAACCCCUCUAUUUCAGCCCUGCUCAGAACAGGCUGUGUCUGUACCUUUAAAUAUGUAAAUGAGCUGUGUCUGACCACGCCCCCUCUCUGGAACGGUGGGUGGCUCGGGCUUUCUUGCACCGUGCCUUAUUGUUUACAGUGAGAGGGCAGACUCAGAGGGCAGAACAAACACCUAGCUGUGGGAGUGUCACCCACCUGGGGGAGGGGCUACUGCCCUUUGUGAUGUCAUGAAGGGAAAAUCUUCAAACGGCCUGUUUCAGCACACAGAGGAUUGACCCUAGACAGACUAGGGUAACAUAUUAGUGUUUGAAAAACAUGGUGAAGUGUAUUUUGCAUAAUAUGUGACCUAUAAGUGCGCUCACGAUUUUGAUAUUAUUAGCUUCGAUGCUGAAAACACAAAGUGAUCAGAAGCUGUUGUAUGUAUGUAUUAUAUAUAUAAAAAACAUUUUAGGAACUGCUGUAUGUUUAUGGUUGUGUGUUUAACAGCUACAUACAACAACAACAAAGCUGUAACCCUUGAGCUAAGGCACAGACACAAUGUGAACACUGAUAGAUGUUAAUGGACAGACACAGCUAACCUGACCUCACUGAGCAGGUCGUCUACAUUACUUUGUCAGAGCACAUCGACGAAACCAACCAGAAGAAACCUGCAGAAGAUGAACCAUUCUGUCAGUUAUGUGUAUAUGUCUUUGUGUACAUUGUUUUAUAUCAUUCAGUGUUUUUUUUUUGUAUGAAACUGAGAAACUGACAUGUAACUGCUUCAAUGUUUAUUCAUAAAAGUGCAGCAUAAAAACAAA